GCUGAGCAUUUUGCAUGUAUGUAUAGUAUGAAGUAGGUACCUCCAGGUACAGCCAUAACAGGAAUUGGUGGCUGCCCCUCACCCCAUUCCUUGAUUAUCGAUAACCUACGGCAACAGUGCCCGAGGUAUGUACGUACCUAUGUACCCAGGUACUGCUUUAAGCACCUAAGGUACCUCCUCCAUAGACCCUGAGGAUUGCCGUGUUACCACCGUCUAGCCCGGGAAUCGAGUUUCGCCGCCAUCGUGCGCAAACCCAUCUUCGGGGCAGCGUUAUUUUAGUUGUAGCCCUUAUUGCCUUUCCAUUCUUCUUUUUCGUUCUCUGCCUUUUUCCUUUUUUUCUACUUUAUUUUCCUAUCCCCCUGGCCGGGCUCCUCUUCCCCGUUCGCGAGAAGUACAUCACGGUGGAAAUGGCUUCUAGGUCCAGGUUGGCACCGGUCUUGAGGCGGGUAGCAAUACCCAGCUGGAGGAGACCAGCGACAGCCACCUGCCCCGCCAUGUGUGUCACCCGUGGCAUGUCGAGCACUGCCCCGCGACAAUUACGAGAGUCGAGUGCAAGAAGCGCCAAAUACACUUCGGACUCCUAUCCCGAAAUCAAGAGGGACUCUCGCUUCGCCCAGAUAACCAAGGAGCAUGUCGACUAUUUUAAGACGCUGCUCGGCAAAGAGUCCGCCGUAGUUGACGGCGUGACUGCUGGCGUUGCGGAGGAUGAUAUGGAGCCGUACAAUGGCGACUGGAUGCACAAAUACAGGGGCCACUGCAAGCUGGUGUUGAAGCCUGCUUCGACCGAGCAAGUCAGCAAGAUCCUCAAGUACUGUAACGAGAACGUGCUGGCUGUUGUCCCCCAGGGCGGCAACACCGGCCUCGUCGGCGGCUCUGUACCUGUAUUCGACGAGAUCGUUGUCAGCACUAGCCGAAUGAACCAAAUUCGAUUUUUCGAUGAUGUGAGCGGUGUCUUGGUUGCUGACGCCGGCGUCAUUUUAGAAGUAGCCGACCAGUUCCUCGCCGAGAAGGGCUACAUCUUCCCCUUAGACCUCGGCGCGAAGGGUUCCUGCCACAUCGGCGGCAACGUCUCGACCAAUGCCGGCGGGCUCCGGUUACUUCGGUAUGGAAGUUUGCACGGCAGCGUUCUCGGCGUUGAGGCGGUUCUACCCGACGGGACCAUCCUGGACGACCUCAGCAGGCUACGAAAGAACAACACCGGCUACGACUUGAAGCAGCUCUUCAUCGGCGGAGAGGGCACCAUCGGUAUGAUCACUGCCGUAUCGAUACAUUGUCCCCAGCGGUCAAACGCGGUCAAUGUCGCCUUUCUCGGCCUUGAGUCCUACGAGAAGCUCCAGCAAGCUUUCCGAGAAGCCAAGUCGCAGCUCGGCGAAAUCCUCUCCGCUUUCGAGUUGAUGGACUCGGAAAGUCAGGAAAUCCUCCACAAAGUCAAGGACAAUAAGCGGCCACUUGAACAACGUCACCCUUUCUACUGCCUCAUCGAGACAAGCGGGUCUAAUGCCGAUCACGACAACGAAAAACUGGAGAAAUUUCUCGAAGAUGUCAUGACCAAAGAGAUUGUUGCCGACGGCGUGGUAGCGCAGGACGAAGCACAGCUGAAGGCUCUCUGGAGCCAACGGGAAGGCAUUACGGAAUCCGUGGGCCACUGGGGGGGAGUGUAUAAAUACGACGUGUCGAUCCCCCUGCAAGACAUGUACAAGCUCGUGGAGGAUGUGAGGAAGAGAGUCGAGGAUGCAGGGCUGAAGGGCGAGACCGAUGAGUACCCCAUCAUUGAGGUCAUCGGAUACGGCCAUAUGGGCGACUCGAACUUACAUCUCAACGUCGCAGUGCGGAGAUACGACAAAAAAGUGGAAGAGGCUCUCGAACCCUACGUGUAUGAAUGGAUCAAGGACAAGAACGGCAGCAUCAGCGCCGAGCACGGCCUGGGUAUAGCCAAGAAGAAAUACAUCGGCUACAGCCGGAACGAGACCACGGUGGGUCUGAUGAAGCAGAUCAAGAACCUUUACGACCCGAAAGGUAUAAUGAACCCUUACAAGUAUAUAUAAACGACGACACAUUCUCGGUCUAGCUUGUGCGAUUUUGGCCGUUCGCUUCGAUGUGUCACCUGACCGCGGGCCACCCCCCUGGAGCCACCUUACUCUUACUUAAAAAAAAACCAGUAAAAGAUGCUACUUUCUACCACGCAUCACCUUACAAUAUACGUCACUAGAAGUUAUAAUACAUAUUACUCGAUUCGUGUUUUUCAGCUUUUUAAACGAGUUCAAGUUUCGUCAAACGGAACGGUUUAUAAAAUAUAGAAAUCUAUGUUUU